CAGCAUUUGCAGCCUGCAGCCCUAACUGCUUCGCCCAAGUCCUCCCAUCAACAAACAUCGGAAUUGGCGCAACGCCAGCAUCACCAUCCCCAUCAACCCCUCGGAUCCCGUCAUUGGCCCUUGGUUGUGUACAGUGCCAUUCGACUAGGGAUUCCGAGCCCCCUCGCGGUCCCCAUCUUUUGCGUCUUUUCGCGCUGCGAUCCGUCCCGCGCGCACGCCAUCCCAACGCACGGUAGCUCGACGCUCGUUCCGACCUCACGCCGGCUGCACUCCAGCUGCGUCAUCUUACGAGCCGCCUUUGUAUCAUCGGCCGCAUCCCUCGUUCUCGCUUCCUUCAGCCGAUUGCUGCCUUGAGCCUUCGCAAACCUGCGCGACCGCCCUAGCCUUCCCGGCUUGGAUUUCUGUCCGUUUCUCGUCGGCUUCACCAACACAUAGCACGCGGACAACCGCCCCAACUACGCAAGAUGUCUAUGUAUCCGCACCGACCCAUUGCGGGCGCGCCCAUUCAGAACAUGGGCCGCCUCAACGAGCUCCUCGAUGGCAUCAGAAUGGAAUUCGAAUCACAAGCUCGCCAGUACGAGACCUGCCAGCAUGACUUGGCAACGCAGCUUCAGGAGCUUCAGGUCAUCCGUGAGAAAGUCUUCCAGAUGGAGCAGCACCAGAUGAACGUAAAGCAAAAGUACGAGGAUGAGAUUGCACUGCUGCGUCGCCAGCUUGAAGCCCGCGGAGGCGCUCCCGGCAACAUGAACCCGCCUCCACAGCAUCCUGGCCAGCAGCAGCCCCCUGCUAUCGGUUUGGGAAGCAAUGUCUUUAGCGCGAUCAUGGCAGGUCAGGGAGGGCAGGCCUUGGUCCCUCCUCCCCCUCCACCGCAGCAGCAAGAACAGCCAGCACAUAUGCCUGCGCCCCCUGGGCUUCAGGGUCCUCCUCCCCCGCCCCCGCCGCCGUCUCAGCAGCCUCCCUUCCAGCAGCAGUAUCAAGGACCCCAGGGACCUGGUAACUUUCCUCCCCAGCCGCCGCAGAGCACUGCCUCUCCUGGCCCUGCCGGCAAACGUGGCAUCGGCAGACCUCCCGCCGGCGGCCCGGCUACUCCUCAAAUCAACACUCCGAUCCCGUACAACGGCGGCCCUGCUCAGUCGCCCCAGGUCCCAACCCAUCCUACCCCGGACCAUACCCGGAUGGCUCAGCACCACCAGCCUCCCCCGCCUCCGCCUUCUCAGACCAACGCUUUGAGCGAGCUUGAUCCCGACCGCCUUCCGAAUCACAUCAAGAAGAUGAAGGACGAUUGGUGGGUUAUCUUCAACGCGGCCGUUCCCAGGGUACUAGACGUUGAGCUGGUACACACUCUUCAGCAUGAGAGCGUUGUUUGCUGCGUGAGGUUCAGCAUGGAUGGCAAGUACGUUGCCACCGGCUGCAACCGUUCCGCUCAGAUCUACGACGUGGAGACUGGCGAGAAGCUUUGCAUCCUGCAAGACGAAAACAUCGAUCUUACUGGAGAUCUUUACAUCAGAAGCGUCUGCUUCAGCCCUGAUGGCAAGUAUCUUGCCACUGGAGCCGAGGACAAGCUCAUCAGAGUCUGGGAUAUUCAGUCGAGGACCAUUCGUAACACCUUCCAUGGCCACGAACAAGAUAUCUACAGUCUCGACUUCUCUCGCGAUGGUCGCACUAUUGCUUCCGGCAGUGGCGAUAGAACCGUCCGUCUUUGGGACAUUGAAACCGGGCAGAACACGUCUGUCCUCUCUAUUGAAGAUGGUGUCACGACUGUUGCUAUCUCGCCCGACAAGCAAUUCGUUGCUGCCGGAUCCCUGGACAAGAGCGUCCGUGUCUGGGACAUGAGAGGCUACCUUGCGGAGCGUCUUGAGGGCCCCGACGGCCACAAGGAUAGCGUCUAUAGUGUUGCUUUCUCUCCUGAUGGCCGCAAUCUUGUCAGCGGCAGUUUGGACAAGACCAUCAAAAUGUGGGAACUUAGUGCUCCGCGCGGUAUUCCUUCUUCGGCGCCUCCUAAGGGUGGGCGCUGCAUUAAGACCUUCGAGGGCCACAGAGAUUUCGUCCUCAGCGUUGCACUGACCCCUGACUCGCAAUGGGUCCUCUCCGGUUCCAAGGACCGCGGUGUCCAGUUCUGGGACCCCCGUACCGGCCAUACACAGCUCAUGCUCCAGGGACACAAGAACUCGGUCAUCUCCGUGGCGCCCAGCCCAGUGACUGGUCCCAACGGUGUUGGGUACUUCGCUACCGGGUCUGGUGAUAUGCGGGCCCGCAUCUGGUCUUACUCUCGGAUAUAGAACACCAGCGGAGUUGCAAUGCGAACCCUAGAUUCGACCCAUUCCAUUAUUCGUGAGAUUCUAGAGGGAGAGAGUAGAUCAGCGAUACAAGGAAAGCACGAAGAAGGAGAAAGUGUGUUCCCCGGUCGAUAUUGUGAUGUGGACACGGCGUCAAGGAUAUUUCUGAAAUGAAUUAGGAAGGACAACAGAAAGGAAUAACGUGAAAGAAAUUUUAUUAGUUCAAGUUUUAUCCCGUUUGGGUCUUCCAAGGUCACGUCCUAUUCUUGGGCCUUUGUUUGAUACAUGCCUUUUGGUUAUGAGUUAUGGACUUGCACACGUUGGGUAGGAAUAGGCCGUAUUGCCAUGCCUGAAAGGGAUACGACACACGUUCGAUUAUUGGGUAUGGAUGGAGGACGAUUGCGGAACAUAGGACGUGGCCAUCCUGGGUCUUGGUCGAUGUUUAAG